GACGCUUGUUGUUACCGGAGGCGGACAGGUCUGCAGCUGUUUUGGUGUUACUUUAGAUCAGCUGAGGAUGAAGAGUCGGUUAUGCUGAGUGAAUAUGGAGCUUGUUUUUACACGGUUUGACUCGUUUGACUUUGAGGCGGAUCAGCGGUUUGUGGACGGUCUGAAGUCCGUAAACAGAACCGAAACCGACCUGCUGGACCUGAAACUGUUCUUCUACAAUAGGUUUGUCGAGCCCAUCGACCGAGCCGGCUACAAACAGUGGAGCUCUUCUUCCGGUAUGAGAGGCUGCCCUGUUGAGAAGCUGGACCAGACGGCGUCGUCACAUUCAGACUCUGAACUCACAGCAGAAACUUCUGAACCCACAGAGACAAAGCAGCUCUCCUUUGCAGAGGUGAUGCAACUGGUUCAGGAGGGAAAGGAGGUUCCCGGAGUGACAAAAGUGGACAUAGAGCCGAGCAACCAGAAUCCCACUCCCUCUACAAUGGAGCGGAUGUUAAAACCCUGGGAAACCGCAUCAUCAUCCCCGGAGUGACCUCUGACUCUUUACAGCACUGUGUAGAUAAAACUCAUAAUAAAAAGUAUGAAAGGUUGCAUUGCAAACAGCCUGCUGUUGUUACAACUGCAGAGCAACAGUCAUGUCCCCACAGCAGUCCAACAUAAACAUACGUACAGCUUGUCAUACAAAACAGAUCUACAUGUCCUACACAGUCACCACUAGAACAGAUGGAGUAAAUGAAAUCUGUGUCUGUUGGUGUGUUCUUUGGAGAAGCUAAACUUUCAUUUAAUGGAAGUAACUAGAAAUCUGUGGUCUGUGUCAGAAUGAUGGUCUGUGGCUCUGAGAGGAGCCAAAUUUCAUAUACAGUUGUUGUUAAAAGUUUCAUUUGGAGCUUUUAAUGAUUUAUUCGAACUGUCCUUUUUCCAGAGUUGAAUGAUUUUACAGCAAACAUCUUUAAUUACUUCAAAACAAGAUUGGGCGCACGCGUAACUGCAGCAGCUGUGGGUAAAAUACUCUUACAGCACAACUUGACAAUUUUCUAGUUUGCUCCCAUUUUUAAAAACACAAAAAUAAUAAAAGUGGAUUGGUUGGGUGGUUUUGGGUUUGAAUGAACCAGCUGAUCUGCCUGUGCAGGUUCUCACUCAUAGUCCAAGAACCUGCUUAUUGGGUUAACUGGUGACUCUAAUGUGACCAUGACUGGUUGUCUCUGUGAUGGAUUGGUGACCUUUCUAGUGUGUACCCCACCUCUCGUCUCAUGACCUGUUCAGCAGUGCUUAAUUGGAUAAGUGGAGAAGAUGGAUUUAAAGAUUGCUGCAAUUCAGUUUGCAUUAGUUGGUGUACUGCAAGCAUUUCAGAUUAUCAUGGAUUUGACUAUUUGAGAAAAAAUAUGAAUGGAAUAAUUCAUCUUUUGGUAUUAAAGUUAUAUUUUAAUUGGG